AAUCUGCUGAAGCGUAUGGGUCUCACACACACCACUCCCUGAAGAAGACAACGAGUCGAGCUUGUAGUGUAGAUAUGGAGCCAACAAGAAUCAGAGAAGGAUACUUGGUGAAAAAGGGCACAGUGCUGAACUCAUGGAAAGUGGUGUGGGUGGUGUUAGCAGAUGAUGGCGUAGAGUUUUACAAGAAGAAGACCGACAGGAGUCCGAAGGGAAUGAUCCCUCUGAAGGGAGCGACACUGACCAGCCCAUGCCAGGACUUCACUAAAAGACCGCUUGUGUUUAAGGUCAGUUCUCAUAAGAACCAGGACCAUUUCUUCCAAGCGACGCAUCUGGAGGAACGCGAGCUGUGGGUUAAAGAUGUCAAGAGAGCGAUCACUUGUUUACAGGGGGGCAAGAAGUUUGCCAGGAAAUCAACGCGCCGAUCCAUUCGAUUACCAGAAAAUGUUAACCUGAGUGAACUGUAUGUUUUAAUGAAAGAUCAAGACAACGGUGUUAAAGAGAUGAAGCUAGAGAAGGACAAAAGGCUGUUUAAUCACUGUUUCACAGGGAACACAGUGAUCGACUGGCUGAUCUCCCAGGGGAAGGCCAGGAACCGGCCCGAGGGACUGAUGUUGGCCACCGGGCUCCUCAACGAGGGGUUCCUGCAGGCCGCGGGGGACGUGUCCAAAGACGGGGCGGAGAAAGGAGCAGAGUGUGUUUUCUUGGACCAAACGGAGGCUCUUUAUUAUUUUGCGGACAGUGGUUUCUUCUGUGAGGGCUACUCCAGUGAUGAAGACGUGAUCCUGAAGGAGGAGUUCAGAGGUGCAAUAGUCAAACAGGGCUGUCUGCUGAAACAGGGCCAUCGGCGAAAGAACUGGAAAGUCAGAAAGUUUAUCCUUAGAGAUGAUCCUGCUUAUAUCCACUACUAUGAUCCCACCAAGGGUGAAGAUGAUCCGCUCGGCUCUAUCCACCUGCGUGGCUCAGUAGUGACUGCGGUGGAAUAUGUGCCUGAUGGCAAGAAACAAGAGGCUGAUGGAAAUCUCUUUGAGAUCAUCACUUCGGAUGAGACGCACUACUAUCUUCAGGCAGCUACAGCCGAUGAGCGCAAGGAUUGGAUCAAAGCCAUUCAAAGUGUUGCAAAGUCCGGAAAAUAAAAGGAUUGGAUCGAUCAUGUUCAACAAACUCGUUCAUUAAACACAUGCAGAGUUGGGAUCUGUUUGAAAGAAAGAGUUGUCAAUACACCAGCUAUAUCUCCUCUUCAGCAUCUUCUAAAAAUAAGACAUUUGUUGUUUCUUCACUUUCUCCAUUUGCAAAAAAAAAAAGAAAGAAA